UGAGCGAUCUCCCUUCAGGCAUUGCAGGGGUGCUUGGCGCUCCCGCAUUAGUGCAAGGAGUCAGUUUGAAGGAAUUUAGCCGCCACCGCUAGGUUAGCUCCCUGUUCACAACAGCGUGGAAGGGGGGGGGAAGGGAACGCCAACCCAGAUCCCGCCGAGUGAACCGCCAGUCCUGGGCUCGAUCUCUUGGAAAGGAGCCACCGGCUUCCUUUCCAGCUGAAUAGGAGAAGGGAGGGGGGGUGACUCAGGCUGCCGCUGCUCCUCCAUGGGAUGAGCUCUGCAAGGAGAAUUUAUUCCUUUGCCUCUUCUUGGGCCGCCGGGGCAAAAAGGAAGAAGAGAGCGUGCCGGUGAUGUGCUGCUGCUGAGGAGCCCGAGCUGAGCUGCAGAGUUUGCAGGUCAUUAGUGCUGCACCAAACUCCGGGCGAGGUAACUGCUGUAGCCCAGGAUAGUCACCAUGGAUAGUAACACUGUUGAACACCAACUCAGUGUCAUAAGAAGUCCACCUGGAUGGGAAAUAGGUAUCUAUAUUACUGGAGCACUUGCUUUGCUGGUAAUAGCUGGAGUAAACCUGUGGAAGCUGUGGAGGUCUGGCAGCUAUCCUGCACCGUCUCCAUUUCCAAACUAUGACUACCGAUACCUAGAACAAAAAUAUGGGACCACCUAUUCUCAGAUCAAGCAAAAGAGAGGUGUGAGCAACUUCCGAAAGUCAGGAGAAAGGACAUCUCCUGUUCGCAAGCCAAGCCUGAAAAUGGAUGACACCUUUGAAAACAUUAAUGAGUUAGGCACUCUAGAGCUGAUGAACAGAGACCUUGAGUUGGCUCCUUAUGGGCCCCUGAAAAGAUCUGUCUCCAUUGAUUCUCUCAGUUCCAUCUCCUCCAUUGGAAAUAACUUUGGCCAAGAGUUUACAGUGGGACAAGUGGAAGUCAACAUGGAGUACAACAUGAACUCCAACACCUUGCAUGUCACACUGCUACAGGGGAAAGAUCUCAUGGAGAAGGAAGAUGUCAACUUUGAAUCAUGCUUUGUGCGCAUCAGUUUACUCCCGGAUGAACAAAUUGUCGGCAUUUCGAGGAUCCAAAGGAGUGCCUGCUCGGUCUUCUUCGAUGAGAGGUUUUCAAUCCCCUUGGAUCCUUCUGCGCUGGAGGAAAACAGCUUGAGAUUUUCUGUCUUUGGCAUAGAUGAAGAUGAGAGGAACAUCAGCACGGGUGUAGCCGAGCUGAAGCUGUCAGAUUUGGAUCUCUCUAUCCGGCCUUUCAAUGCAUGGCUGUAUCUGCAGGACAUGAACAAGGCUAUUGAUUCAGUGGGUGAAAUCCUGCUGUCUCUUAGCUAUCUACCAACAGCAGAGCGGUUGACCGUGGUUGUGGUUAAGGCCAAGAAUCUUGUGUGGACCAAUGGAAAAAUGACUGCAGAUCCUUUCGUCAAAGUGUACUUGCUGCAGGAUGGGAGAAAGAUCAGCAAGAAGAAGACUGCAAUGAAAAGAGAUGACACAAACCCAGUGUUUAAUGAAGCCAUGAUUUUCUCAGUGCCAGCAAUUGUCCUACAGGAGCUGUCUCUCCGGGUGACUGUGGCAGAAUGUUGUGAAGACGGGAGAGCUGAAAACAUUGGCCAUGUUGUCAUAGGUCCAGCUGCAGGUGGCAUGGGCAUCACACAUUGGAACCAGAUGUUGGCCACCUUGAGGAAGCCUGUAUCCAUGUGGCACCCACUUCGACGAAGCUAAGGCACAUUUGCACCUUGCUGUGAAUAAUCCAACCUGGUGCCUAAACUCUUAUCAGUAAGCAGAUACUGUUGGCAAAUGGAGUUUAUGAUACCUAAGAGUGAAAAUUAUUUUUUUCCAAAUACUCUUCACAACAUGGAGUUGUAGCAACAAGGAAAAAAAGUUCAGUUGCCAAAUGGGACCACACAAGCCCGGGAAAAGCUUCAGACAACUAAACCCAUAAGAGAAGAAGCCAUUUGAGUACAAAGUGUGUCCUGCAAUAGCUUGUGGACAAAUAGGGUGGUCUUUUUGCUCCAUCAUUCUAACAUCACCAGCUUGGAGGAUCAGUUAUUGGACAGCCGCUUAUUAAUUUGUUUUAUAAUAGGAAUUAGAGUCCCAUGUGGUUUUUUCCUCCACCUUGGAGGGUUGAAGGGAAAAGCUUUUGGCAUAUUACCCACUUCACUCAGAUCUUAAAUACAUCUACUUGGAAAUCAGAUCCACUGAAUACAGUGCUUUGUGCUUGAGACCGCGAUUUUGUAACUUAAAUCUUUAUUACAUGGAUUGGCAGCCAAAUCCCAUUCAGUUCAGAGAAACUUGGUUUUUAGGGAAACUACUUCCAAGUAAACGUAUUUAGGAUCACAAGCUCCUAUAACCAUAGUCACAUGCAUCUCCAUCAUGGUUCAGAUUCCAGAAGAAUGGUUAGCUUACCUGUUGCAGCAAAGAAAAGAAAGAGGCCAACUUAAGGACUAAUUUAUUGUAUCCUGCUUCAGGAAUACGGAACCUGUGGCCCUCCAUGUGUUCUUGGACUCCCAACACCCAUCAGCAUUGCCAACAUGGCCAUUGGUAAGAGGUUAUGAGAAUUGGAGGGCCACAGGUUCUCCAUCUCUGGCCUACUUCUUCAGAUGCCUAAAAUGAAUCUACUUCUUGCACCUGAUAUAGGAGGCUCAUGCUACAAUAAAUUAGUUUUCAGGGUGACGUAGGCCUCUCUGUUUUUUGCUGUGGUGAUACAUUGUUGUUGUUGUUAAAACUUCUUUGUUGCUUGUUACACAAAGGUUCUCCAAGCAACUUACACUCAUGGUAGCAUUUAACCACGAAAUGUGUAACAUGGCCAAAGGCCAUACACAACCAACAAAGCACUAGCUAGACUACCAUGUAACCCUGUUUACAGUAAUAUCACUUAGACUGCUUUCCUCCCAUGAUUUUUCACCAGAGAAGGUGUUUCAUUGCUGUUAGGAGCACAUGCUGUCUAUAGGUCAUGGGUGCUUUGCUUGUCAUUCAGGUUUAUGGUCCCUCUGACACCAAAAGCAACCAGAGGAAUGCUGGAGAGAGGAAAUAUUAUGUGGUGUGGUUGAUGGUGUGUGAUGAAUGAAAGGUUACCCCUUAGGUUGGUGAGUUAGGCUAGGUGGUUUUCAGGGCCACACCAUCCAUAGGAUUUUAAACAUUUGUAUUUUAAUAGCUAAAGAAUGGCAAUUUGCAGGGGGGGAGGACUUCAGUUAGUUUAUAAUUAAUUUUCCAUGGCUUCUUGGCUGCAACAUGUUCACCUUCAUCGUAAGCAACAUGAGAUGUGCAGGUUGAAGGCAUCACAGGAAAUGUUUGGCCCCUGCUUCCCAGAAUCUGUUAGUACAGGUAGCUGGUGGAACUGAUGAAAGGGAAAAUCCUGAAAAACUGAAUGUGUUUUGUUUUUAAUGACAAAGUAUAGUGACAACCCCUCUUAACCAGUCGCUGAGCUGGUUGAAAUUAAGUGAGUAAGUGAUUUCAGUAUAAUUUUGAGGAAAGGAGAAUCAAAAGAAUGGAUACCCUGACAUGAUCUCACUCUCCCAAGCACGUCUGCCAUUCAGUUUAAGCCACAUGGCUUUGCUUUGCUCUUUUCCAGUUGAAGAACCUGCUGCUAGGCUAGGCUUGGCUUGGCUGUGCACACUUUAUAAGACAAAAUGGAAAAUCAAGCCUUAAUGAUUUGAAAAGCAUCACAGGCCACCUUGGCCUCAAGUUUUAACUAUUUUUUUAAAAAAGUAAUUAUCUAACGGUGUAGGACUUGGUUGACUUCAACUACAGAAGAACAGAACUGCUAUUAAAAUGGUAACUUUAUGUUGAACAUAAGCCCAAUUGACAUUUGGAUUUGAUUGAGAAAACACUUUCCUCUUCUGUCUCUUGAACUUCAACAAACUCCAUCAUGAGUGAACAUUGAUUGCUUCGCUGAGGCCUGAGCAGUUCUGCUGUUGCCAGGUUUUAUAUAGAUUCACCCCGUCGAAUAAAGCUAACCAGUUGUUUCCAUUCUCCUUCUGCACAACCAAAGGCCACGGUGGGGCUAGCUUUAGCAUCUGGAUGGAACCAUCAAAAAAAGGGACAUCUGGAUUCAUUGAGCUCAUGUGUCUCAAGGGUUCUUUUAUGAAUAUUUUGGCAGUUUGUGAGUUUGCUCCUUUCAAAUGGGAACUUUGCUGUAUGCCAGGGAGGAUUGUACUGGUGCAGAGGAAGUUUAAUGAGUGGUCAAUGUGACAUUCAAUGAACUAAUGUCCAUCUGAGUCCCAUGAUGCUUUGCUUAUUAAAAUAAUGAAAAAAUCACAGGGAAACAAACAAAAUUCAAUUUAUUUAUCUAGCACAAGCAUCGUGGUACAGUUGAAAGCAAGAGCAGAUUAAAAUCAAAUUCAUCUGAUGUGUGAAAGGGCCUGGGAAAAUAAAAAAGGAUUGAAAAGGGGUGGUGCUGGAACAAUCUUCCUGAGGAAAGGAGGCGCAGCAAAAAAGAUUCCCCUGCUUGGCUUCAGAAUGGGGAGGAUCUAAGAAAGGACUUGUGAUGACUAUUUCACUGCAUGAAUAGGUGCUUAUGGGAGAAGGCAGUUCUUCAGGUGCCUGAGUACCCACAUGUUUAGGGUUAAGGAGAGGGCGGCGGUUGCAAGCUCAGCCGUUGCCUGUGCUGCCCUGGGCUCCUUCUGGGAGGAAGGGCGGGGUAUAAAUUUAAUGAAUAAAUAAUGGAUGUGGCUGUAUGAGUCCUUACAGAUCUCAGCUAUGGCAGUAAUCUUUAUCGACCAUGAACCAUCUGCUACAGCUACACCACCUUCAUUUGCUCUCUGUUGUUCCAGAGAGCAGAACUAGAACCAAGGGGUGGAAAUUGUAAGGUAGCAGAUUUCAGCUAAACAUUAGGACAGCGGUGGAGAACCUCUGGACCACCUAAGUAGACUCACCAGACCUCUCCAUUUAGCCCACAAGGCCUUUUUGGCCAAGUCACGUCCGACACCUGCCCUGCACCUCAAGUCAUAUAUGACAUGAAGUGUGGAGUAAGUAAAGACAUGACUGGGCCGAAAGGGUGUUUGCAGGUACUGCCAAUCAGCUGUAUAUUGGUGCCUGCAAAGCUGAUCAUCAGCUGAUCACUGAGGCUUCCUUGCAUGGCACUUUGCUAGCACUGAAAAUUGGCUGAUCAUUGGGGCUUCCAUGCACAGCACUAUGCAAACAUGGGUCACCUGAUGUCAAGUAAUUGAAGGUGGGCUACCCCAAUCCACCUGUCAAAUUUGGUCUGCAGGGGAUAGGGGUUAGAGAUAACCCCUGCAUUAGGAGCAACAUCCUAUUGAUAACUUUUCAAGGGUAGAACAAACUGCAUGAGGAGAUGGUGAACUCACCACUGAAGUCUUGAUUCGUAUGUCAUUCCCCAUAGGUAAUGUAGCUGCAAAAUUCCUGUAUUGAGCAGAGAGUUGAACUAGAUCAGGGGGUUAGACUGUGAGGUCCCUUCCUCCAAUGCUACAGUUCUAUGGGCAGUAUUCAACUAAACUGUUAACGCUAGCAGAACAGCUUCAACUAGCGUAAGGGGAUUACUCCCUGCAGCCUUUCCUUCCCCCAUGUGCGCUUCAUACCAUCCCCAAAUCUGCUCUGGAGAGUUGAGGGAAACCUAUUUCCAGAGCAAGACAGGCUGUGAUAAAGGAGUGGCCUCCUUGAUUUUUCCUCUGGUACGCACCAGCAGAAAGUGUAAGGAAAAUCUCUUUUCUGUGACCUUCCAUCUGACUUUAAUAUAUCUCUACUGAAAAACGCAAUUGGAAUGGAUAGAUAGUUUUUACUGUGGGGGGCCUUGUGCCUGUCAUCUAACCUGGGAUUUAAAAGAAGCUUGACAUGCCAACAAGACUAAACCUAUGCUUCCCCCCUUUUUUCUUUCCUGUUGAGUUGAAUUAGGAUUAACCCAGCUUUGCACAUAGCUGCAGGUUCUGAAUUCCUUUCGCUGUUCAGUCCCUCCCACACACAUCUUAACUACACAAGUAUAUUCCCUCUUCCCUGCUGCCAGCGUGAUAGCUUGGCAGGCAGCUGGGAUAGCUCAGUAAACAGAUCGCUUCCUUAAAGGCCAAGAGAGAUGCUGUACAGCCCACCAUAGUUCUGCUGCUCUACUCAUCAUCUUGACCCAAAAGAACACAAAACCCAUUGCAGCCAAGGAAAAAGCCCUACAGUGGUUGGAAGAUUGAGUAGGUGCCAUUGUUUGCCCAGGCGGUUACAAGUUAAACCUCUAGGUUUGGCUAUCUUACGUAUGUAUGUAUGUAUGUAUGUAUGUAUGUAUUUAUUUAUUUAUGAGAUUUGUUAGACGCCCAUCUGGCAGAGGUUAAUCUGCCACUCUGGGCGACUUACAACCAAACACAAGUACAUUCCAUAUGAACCUAAUCAGAAUCCUAAAAAUUAGAAAUUAAAAACUUAAACAUUUAAACCCCCCAAGAUCUGCAAUCUACCAGCCUAAAUUGAAUUUAAACCCCCCAAGAACUGCAAUCUGCCAGCCUAAUCCCCUUCCCACACCUGGGUGAAGAGCCAGGUCUUCAAGGUCCGCCAAAAGCAUAGCAGGGAGGGGGCCUGACGGAGGUCAGUUGGCAACAAAUUCCAAAGCAUAGGAGCCACGAUAGAAAAGGCUCUAGACCUUGUCCUCACCAACCUCGCCUCUUUUACUGGAGGUAUAAGAAGUGAGCCAUUCAAGGACGAUCUUGUAAGCCAGCACCCCUGGAGCGAGUAAAGGCAACUCUUUAAAUAGAGUGGGCCGGCCUCAUGAAGAGCCUUAUAAGUUAAAGCCAGGAUCUUAAAUUUGGCCCGCGCAACCACAGGUAGCCAGUGCAAUUCCUUAAGGACUGGGGUGAUAUGGUCACGGUGGCGACUGCCCUUAAUCAGGCGAGCCGCCGCAUUCUGCACUAGUUGCAGUUUACGAACCGUAGUCCAGGGAAGACCAACAUAUAAGGCAUUACAAUAAUCCAGCCGGGAUAAGACCAGAGCAUGUACUACUUUGGGAAACAAGUGGCUCGGGAGGUAAGGGCUUAUCCUUCAGAUGGGAUGUAGUUGAUAAAGCGCCGCCUGACUGACGGCCGCUACCUAUGCCUCCAUAGAUAGCUGGAAGUCAAGAAUGACCCCCAAACUCCGGACUUGAUCUCUUAGGGGCAGUAGUACCCCGUUGAGCAUCAAAUCAGUAAUCCCCAAUUUCUUUUUGUCACCCACCAACAGAACCUCAGUUUUAUCAGGAUUCAGUCUGAGCUUACUCCUGCUCAUCCAAUCCCUCAUCGACUUCAGACACUUAGACAGCAUUUCUAUCGCCGCUGGUGGGGAAGAUUUAAAUGAGAGGAAGAUCUGGGUAUCAUCUGCGUAUUGGUGGAAUUGCAGCCCAAAUCUCCUAAUGACAUCUCCCAGAGGCCUGAUAUAAACAUUGAAUAACAUCAGGGAGAGGAUAGAGCCCUGUGGCACCCCGCACGUGAGACGCCAGGGCUCUGAAACCUCAUCCCUCAAUACCACUCUCGUAUCUCCCCGAGAGGAAGGAGCGGAACCACCAUAAAACGGUACCUCCAAUCCCUAACCUCUCUAGGCGAUCCAGCAAGAUACCAUGGUUGACAGUGUCAAAGGCCACCGAGAGAUCCAGGAGAACAAGGAGGGUAUAUUCCCUUCUGUCCAGUGCCCUUCUCAUAUCGUCCACCAGGGCUACUACUGUUUCUGUCCCAUAUCUGGGUCUAAACCCUGAUUGAAAUGGGUCAAGGUAGUUCCACUUCCUCUAAGUAUGUUUGCAGUUGGUUCGCCACUACCCGCUCGACCAAUUUACCCAGGAAUGGCAGAUUUGAAACUGGGCAGAAGUUGUUUAAUUCCAAGGGGUCUAAGGAGGCCUUUUUCAAAGUUGGAAUUAUUACUGCCUCCUUGAAGGCAGAUGGCAGAUGACCUUCAUCAUUAACCACUGCCCUGAUCCCCUCGCCCAGUUUAUCUCUGCAGCUCACAAUGAGCCACGCUGGGCAGGGGUCAAGUAUACAAGAAGUUGGUCUCAGUGCAGACAGGGUCUUGGCUACUUCCUCAGAGGAAGGACUAUCUUAAGGGUAAUGUGCAAAGCACAGUGCAAUCCUGUGCAUCUCUACUCAGAUGUAAGUCCAACCGAGUUCAAUGGGGCUUACUCCCAGGUAAGUGAAUAUAGGAUUGUAGCCAAAGUUAGUUGGACUGAGUUCCCAUCAAAAUCAAUGGGACUUAAGUCAUUACUAGCUUUUACAUCAUUUCAGUGCAACUAACUUUGUCCAGAUCCAACCCAGAACAUCUAUACCUUAGCCUUCACCAACCUGGUGACCUCCAGAUGUUCUGGCCUACAACUCCCACCAGCCCCAGCCAAGAUGGCCAAGGCUGAUGAGAGUUGCAGUCCAAAGCAUCUGGAGGGCACCAGGUUGGCAAAGGCUGCCAUGGAAAAUAAGAAACUUGCCUAUACAAGAUCAUAGCUAUAGUUCUCAUCUUUUCCCUGACCACUAAGGGCUCCUUUAUUGCAAUUCCAUGGUUUGGGCUAACUUUGAAAUGGGGCAGAAAUUCCCCCCUUUGCAUGCAGGCCAAGGGGCAAGGAAAGGGUGGCCUUACCUGCUGGAGUGGGCUGUGUCAAAACUAGUGGGAAGUGAAAGGUUAGCCCUGACAGUGCAAUCCAGGAUGCUUGCUUCCUCCUGCAACAAAGGUGAGGAAUGUGAGACUUCUUGUUGGGACUGAUUAUUUUUAUUUAUUUAUUUAUUGCACUUGUAUACCGCCCCAUAGCCGAAGCUCUCUGGGCGGUUUACAGCAAUCAAAAACAUUAAAACAAAUACACAAUUUAAAACACAUAUUUUAAAAACAAUUUAAAACACAAACAAUAUAUAAAAACAAUUUAAAACACAUCCUAAAAUGCCUGGGAGAAGUGGAAAGUCUUGACCUGGCGCCGAAAAGAUAACAGUGUUGGCGCCAGGCGCACCUCGUCAACCAGAUCAUUCCAUAAUUUGGGGGCCACCAGGGAUGAAUCUGGCCUUCCUACCUGCUGGGCACAUUGUGCAAGGUUUGUUGUAAUGAAAAUAUUUGCAUCAUCCCAAGAAAGAUAAUGAUAAUGAUGACAGCAACAACAACAAUAAUAAUAUAACCAGUAUUUAGAUCAUGGGAAAGCUACAGUAUUUAUAUGUUAAGAUAGUAUCCAUGGGUUACAAUGUACUGCCUUCCAAGUCGAUUCUGACUUAUGGCGACCCUAUGAAUAGGGUUUUCAUGAGGCUGAGAGGCAGUGACUGGCCCAAGGUCACCCAGGGAGCUUCAUGGCUAUGUGGGGAUUCAAACCCUGGUCUCCCAGGUCGUAGUCCAACACCUUAACCACUAUACCACAUAAAUCAAGGAUGCACCAGAACACCCCAGGGGCUCAUGGAGGAAAAAAAGAUUCAAACCAAAUUCAAUAAUGCUACUACUAAUUAUUAUUAUUAUUGAUAAUAACAAUUUUUAAAAUUCAUGAACAUGCUUUAGAGACAGUAACAGCAGAAUUUAAAAACACCCUUGUGUUUCAACCCUAAUACUUAAAACCCAGCCCAUAUAAAGCAUUUUGCCUAUCUCUUGAAAAUAUUCAGGCUUGGAAUCUCUGGGUGAAGGGAGGUACAGAAUUGUGAGGUGGCCCUCAAGAAUACCUCUCUUCAUGCCCUUGUUAUGUAAACUUUGCUACAGAAGGUAUAAACAAGACAGAGUCUUUAGCUGAUGUCAGAUACUGAGGUGGAACUUGCAGAAGGAGACAGCAAGGUACAUAGGAAGGCACCAAUUUCAGGGGAGGGAAUUUCCAGUCACCCAGGGAAAAGCUUUUUUCUUUUAAUUUGGACCAAAGAGCUUGAACAGGAUUCUUCCUCAGGGACACUCUUGGGGGAAAAAAAACAAUUUUGAAAGUACCAAGCUUGGUGCAUAUGGCCUAAUUCAUGUGAGGUUUUUUUGGUCAAAACCAGUAUCUUGAAAUGUGUUUUCUAAAAAACAUUUCUGUCUUGCCUUUCUGGCUAUAGGCCUUACUGGCAGGUUACCUGAGUUGUGCUUUGAAACAGAGAGAUGCGGUGCAGAUUGUGGAGAGAUCUGAUGUAAUGACGCACCUGGCAACCCUUUGCUCUCAAGCAGUGGACUGCACGUUCCUAAACCAACCAAAGUUUCUGAGCAGUCAUUAUGGGUGGUCCUCCUGCAGCUCCCAUUUCAAGGCAACAAAAACUCAUCUGAACUGGACAAAAAUGAGAACUUUCUUGCAAGGCGGAGCAGUGGAAAGCACUCAUGGCUACCCCCAACCAUGAAGUGAUCUACUGAGGAGCACUCCAAGGUUUCAGCAGUGAAGGGCAGAUGUUUGUGUUCAUAUCAGCUCCUGGACUACACUGCCUGUGCUGCCCAUUGUGAUCUUGAUCUUCUAUGGCUUAGGCCUGCCUCGCCCACAUCCAGUCCCUCUGCCGUGGCCGGACUGUAUGAGCCUUCCAGAACAUGGAUAGGUUGAAAUUCCAACGUGUGUCAUUGGCAUACUAAAGAUCAUUCUGGCCAUAAAACAUCAUCUUCUGACUUUCCUGUAACUUUACUCUGAGGCUUCAGUUCUGGUUGUAGGAUGCGUUCCCUUCUGGGUUUUUUUUUAAAAGGCCAUUUUAAAAGCUGUUUCCACUGCAGGACUGAGGAAUAUGUUACUAUGAUGAUUGUAAUUACAUUUGUACGUUGAAUGUUCGAUAUUCUCAUAUAUUCCCUCCAACCCAUUGGUUCCCCUCCCCCAUCAUUGCAUUCUAGAAGAGCAGCAGAUUUUAUGGGGAGGGGGGAAGCGGUGAGUUUUGUAAUGUAAAGUGUUUGUAUCAUCACACAAUUCCUCUAUGAUGUGCAUCAUUUGUUCUGUGUCUGAAGCAGCAGCUAUGCCCGUGUAAUAUGUUUCCUGAUGCUUUGUUCAUCAUAUUUCCACCACGGUGCAUGCACACUGUUGAUGACACUUUGUGCAUUUGCAACUUGUUUACAGGUGGAUGCUUACGUCUUUCCCUGUUGCAGUUACUUAGGCUCUAGCUUUCAUUUGAAGGAGGACUUCUUAAAGCCCAGAUAUGCACACAGCUGAUUAUGCUAAUCUUGCGGGGAUGUGCAGUAUCCCAAAAGGGACUUGGGAGAGGGCAUAUCCAAUUGGCUGUCAAAAAUAGGCAGGCAUGUUCAAAGCCAGGGCACUGCACACUCAGAUGCAACAUUAGACUUGACUUAAUGGUCUUCUGCGGGGAGGGGGAGGGGACCUCUUUUGAAGGUAAUGUGUGUCACUUCAAUUUAUUCAAAAUGUGGCAAGCCAGCUCUAUUACUAGAGGGCUGAGUGGGGCUCUGGACAUCUGUCCCGAAGUCUUCCCUGACAGCACCACUGCUCAGAAAUUGUUCUGGACAGACAUCCUAGAAUACAAAGCUCAUGGACAUUUUGACUGUGAACAUGGCUACAUGGGAUACAUUAUUUGCACUCAUUGGUCUGUCCUUUUCUUUGGUAUUAAAUGUUGUAACACACACACACACUGUUGAAAUUACAAACAGAACUUUCAAAUGUGUUUUCAAGACUAUUCCCCUCUUUUUUUUACAUCUUUGAUCUUUUGUGAAGAGCUGUGAUCAAGUGGAUGCCUCUCUGCAAAUCAACAACAAAACAUUAAAUCCUCCUAAUGGUGUGUUUGGGGGUGGGCUUGAUUGUUGUAGCAAAAGGAUCUCAUGAGUACAGUGCUGCCUACAGUAAAUGCCACCAAUUCCACCCCAUAUCUCCCACAAAUCUCACGCUCUCCCCAUUUCAGCAUGUGAGAAAGGGUGCUGGAGCUCCCUUGCUCUGCAGAUCCCAAUUCCAAAAAGGCAACCCCACCCUUAAGAGCCACUUGUCUCCUUGGAAGUGGGCACUGCUGUAAAUAAAAUGAAAAGACCAGAUGCUCUUGCUGCACGAGACUUAAUUCACACACAAAUGACUUAUUGGGAGCACAAAUAAUACAGUGCUUGUAAUUCAUACUGGGACGCAUUUGAAAAAUAAAUAAAUAA